AUGUUACACGCAUCGGCCUUCAACGACGACUCUUCAAACCGAGACGAAUGGACCAAGGCCACACGAGCAACUCUGACGACGAAAGACGAUACCAAGUAUAUUAUCUGGGCCAGGGAAGACACCUCGAAAAAAGAUGCUGAGUGUUUCCACAAUACUCUUUUAGCAACAGUUGGAAACAAAAGCGAGGUUGAAACCCUCGUCACCGAACAAAACACACCCUACGCCUGGCUCGCCGAUCUCACUCCGGCUCAGCUCGGCAAGGUCAGAGCGGACGGCGUUGUCGAUAGAGUUGAACCUGACGAGCAACUUCGUCUUGAAGGGCACAGUCCUGCAGCCGCCAACAGAAAACGAGCCAAUGUCCAGAGGCGCCCUAACAUCGGCAAGCCUUUGGUUGACCUUCGGAUGCUUUCAACGCCGCCACAGACUCCGCUUCUCGAUUACUAUGAAUAUGACGAUAGCGCUGGCGAGGGAAUAACUAUUUACAUGAUCGAUACCGGCCCGUUUGACUUCGAGCAUUCUGAGCUUCAGCCCAUGGAUUCUUCUAUCACGCGCGAGAACAUCGACGCAGUGGAUAGAUCAUCACUAGUGAAUGCCGGCUCCUUUCACGGAACCUGUGUGGUUUCAAAGGCCGUUGGCAAUACAGUUGGCGUGGCCAGGCGAGCCAACCUCGUCACAGUCCGCAUAGAUGUUACACCUGGCAAAUUUCAUUUCAUCAAGGCUUGGCAAUUGGUCCGCGAAGAUAUCAUGAGGAAGGGUCUUCGUGGCAAGGCCGUCGUUUCGUCCUCAGUUGCAUUUCCAAUGGUAAAGGACAAGGAAGUCAGGCGGCGCACACUUUAUGAGUUGCAAAAAGUACUGCAAUCGCUUUUCGAGAUGGAUGUACCUGUCAUCUGUGCGGCCGGUAAUAGUGCUGACAAACCCAAUGGGUCUAUGGAACCAAAUUCUCUCCCAGCCGUGCUAGCCGUGCGGCUGCCCCUUAUCGUGGUUGGCUCGGCUGCCGUUGACGGGAGUAUGUCCAAAUUUAGCCAGCGUGGGCCGUUGUUAACGACUUGGGCGGUUGGAGAACAGGUCCAGUGUGCUAGAAGAAACACCAAAGAAGGCCUUAUGACCGCAGAGGGCACUUCAGUUGCGGCUCCCCAAAUCGCAGGUCUUGCGGCUUACUUUAUGUCACAUCCGAGAUUCCGCCUUCGGUUAAGGGCAGGCACAGUAGCAAAGGACAUGCAAAGCCUGAUACGCAGCUACUCGCAUCUGCGCGCCCGAUCCAUACGCUACCCACCUAUAGCCUGGAAUGGAAAUGGACGGCCGUAG